AUGAAUGCUUAUUUAGCGUGUGAGAUGAGUCCGUGACUCUGAUAGUGUGGAACUGUUCUUGAAGUGGAAUAGCCAAUCAGAAACAAUAGAGGCGGAUCCCACAGUCUUGUCCACAAAGGCGUAACCGCAAAUAUAGUACUCGUGCGCGAUUGUCACUGCGUCAUUACAGUCAGAGAAGUGUUUUUCGACAUUCAGAUCCCGCGACUGAGUUGAGAUUGAUCAAUGACUACCUGUCGACUGCAACCAGUUGCCCAACUGAUUAUGCCGAGAUAGCAAUAUCCUACUACUACGACUGUCAAUAAUGGCAUGCGAAUCUUUAGUGGACAAGUUCAUGGAGAGCGCGUCAAGACCUCAACUCCAUCAGCCUUGCACGUGCAAAAAGAGGUGCAACAAUUGCAACGUAUUCCUCGGGUUUUUCAUCCUGUCUCUGGCGCUACACUUUAUAACCCUGUCCUGCUUUCUGGACCUACGGUCUGAGGUGAAGCGGGAGAUUGCACUGAAGAAACGAGAGCCGGCGUCAGCUGUCGGCGGAUCUUCCCAGAUGAAGGUGUACCACACCGAUGACUCGGAAGAGGACAUCCCCCCUGAACCCAGCCCGCCUGAGCAGACACCAGAGGGGAUUUCGGAGAGACGCGUCCAGGUGACGGGGGGAUCUGGCAGCACACUUUGGCGGACGAAACGCGGCACCAACCGAAGACAUGACUCAGAAUCCUCCUCCGGUAAACGGAAAGAUAAAGGCAAGAAAGGCAGGAGGCGACAGAUUGGGGCUCCUGGUCCUCCAGGCCCUCCUGGCCCCCCAGGCCCUCAGGGUCCCCCAGGAAUUCCCGGUAUUCCGGGGAUCCCAGGCUCCAAUGCCCAUGGGCCGGGUGGACCACCCGGACCGCCUGGGCCAAAGGGCCCGCCUGGCCCCCAGGGGCCAGCAGGUGCUGUGGACAAGAGCAAAAUAAAAGAAUUCCAGCCUGCUGUGGUGCAUUUGCAGGGCCAGGAAACAACCAUACAAGUUAGAGAAGAUCUUUCAGAGGGCGUCCUGAAAAACUGGAAGAUGAUCUCCGUGCAUCACAAGGUCUUCAAGAUGCACUCACGCUCCGGCGAGCUGGAGGUGCUGGUGGAUGGCAUCUACUUCAUCUAUAGUCAGGUAGAAAUUUACUACCUCAACUUCACGGACAUUGCCAGCUACGAGGUGCUGGUGGACCGUACGCCGUUCCUGCGUUGCACCUGCAGCAUUGAGACGGGCCAGCGCAAGUUCAACACGUGCUACACGGCCGGCGUGAGCCUGCUGCGCGCGCGCCAGCGCAUCUCCAUCCGCAUGGUGUACGAGGACACGCUGAUCAGCAUGACUGACCACACAACCUUUCUGGGCAGUGUGCGGCUGGGGGACAUCCCGCCCGCCGGUCAAGCAUGAAUGGGCACCGCAGCAACUGAGCAAGCACAGAUGUUCACACAGGCUAACACACACACACAUUGAUGGUGUACUGUAGGGCCAAAAAUGGGCAUUGAGCACAAACACACACUUAUUGAUAGUAAACUUGACCACCACACCGUCAUAUUGUCCAACAUGCUGACUAGAAGGCACAAAUACGCACAGAACAAUCUUGAACGCACAUACACAUACCAGUGAACAAAAUCACACACACACAUGACAGAACACACAGGAAAACACUCACACAUACAGACUGCACAAUGGCAAACCGACACCGUGCCCUGGGCAAGGCAUCCUCUGGAGGACUACCAAAUGUGUAACCCUAUACAGCUUGCACGCUGAACAGUUUCCGAAAAGUGAUCACUUUAAUCCAGGUCUUCUGAACUUGCAAUCAAAAAUACACACACAGACACACUCAUUCUCACACAAACACACACUCAUUCUCAUACAAACACACUCACAUACAAACACACGCCUUGUUUGUAGCGACAGUCGAACAGAAUCCUGCCUCAAGUCUCUUUGGCCAACCAAUACUACCAUUCUGCUUGACCUGAACGUCUGCCAUAAAGAAAACUGUGCACGCCAACACGUUUGCACUAAUGGGACACUUCUACACAGUUACAGUGACUUUAGGGUGUAUCUGAAGGAUUAACCGACUCCUAGAAGUUAUUGUUCUCCUUUACACUACACUUUGUAUAUAUGUACAUAAAAUAGGAUAUACUUUUGCUGUGAAUGGACUCAAUGACAUUAAAUACGUUUUCAUUUGUAAUCUAA